AUGACGCGGUCUAGCAACGAAACAUCCGAGACGGAGAGAGCGAGAGGAUUGGGGAAACAGAAACCACGAGACCCAGAAACGAGCGGAGGCAGGCGGCAAAGAUAUAUCGAGCCCCUCGACGGGCGGCCUGCUCAGCCUCCAGGAUGCCUCCGUCCGGUGUCGUCCCAUGUUUCCCGGCCCCCUUGGCCGCGAUGCUUCCAGCCCCUGGACGAACCAUGCCAAGGUCGGCGGCACCCCUUCGUCGUGGCGCCUCCGUGUCGACUCUCGAGACGCCCGUGCUUGCCGGUUGAUCAAGUCAUUUCGGGGUGGUGGCCAUCCGGCCUCGCGGCGGGUGCGGCGCCGUGUAAGCCCAAGGGACGGCGGGGAGGAUUCUGUGACAGGUCUGUCUCACGUCGCGUUUGGAGUUGCUCCCUAGGAUCCUGGUCGCUUCCUAAACGGGCAACGGGCGACACUGUCGGGUCCUUGAUGCUGUGGUUCUGGCGCAAGUCUUGA